AUGGCUCAUCAGACUCUGUGUGGAGAAUGCUCAAAGCAGGUGGUGGCCGAAGAGGAGGACAGGCUGACUGCCCUACCAGAAGCCCUGAUAGGGAUGAUUCUGUCCCGGAUUCCAACCAAGGAAGCUGUCCGCACCUCCGUGUUGGCGAAACCCUGGCGGACGACGUGGACGGGAAUCACCGCCAUCCAUCUCACUGACGAAGGUCUUCCUUCAGAAGAUCCCAGGCACUCGCAGAGCAAGCGCAGGUUCAUCGAAUUUGCUAACAACGUAAUCACCAAAUGCAACAGUCCAUUGCUCAGGUCUUUCGAUAUGAAAUGCUCGAAAGCCUACGAGCGAGACAGCCUCAGGGAGUGGACCUCCAGCGUCCUGAUGAGGCGGGAACUCGAGAAAUUCCAUUUAGGCUGUCGCAUUGUUUCCGGAACCUUCGGUAUCCCGGGCGCCAUCUUCACCCUCCAGGCAUUGGAAGAGCUGAAACUCCAGCUCCCCUGCAGGUUGCUCCUGCCCGCGGUCACCACAUUCCUCAACCUGAAAACCCUAUUCCUGUCCAAGGUUCGGAUGGUCAACGAUGACAACCUCCCAGAGCUGAUCUUCCAUCUCCCGGCCUUGACUGAUCUAGGGUUCUUGUGCUGCCAGUGGAGAAAUGUCGAGGCCAUCGUGAUUAGGGCCCCGAAGCUGUUGAACUUUCAGAUGUCGUGGUGUAGGUACGCGCGGGACGGGCGGGAGGUGUUCACGGUAGGGCUGGUCAUGGUCAACCUGGCGGAGUGUUGCAACAUGGAUAAGUUCAGGUGGGCGGGGAAUCUGGUGGAGACGUUCCUAAUGCCGCAGGUGUCGACGGUUUCGCAGGCUCUUUUGGAUCAGGUCAUCGAGAGCAAUGACUACUACCAUACUGGGGAGGCCACUGCCAAUCUGCUUACAAGGCUCAGAUGGGUUGAUCGCCUUGAGAUUUCUCUGGACGUGGCUCAGGCCAUGUUACUGGUUGGAAGGUUAGAAACCCUUCCAAGUUUUCAGAACCUAACCUCCUUGAAGGUGGAGUCACGAUUCACCAGCGGCAAGGGGACUUUGUUGCACUUGCUCUGGGCGACACCGUUUCUCAAGUUCUUAGAUCUACACAUUCAAGAGAGCCUAAUGUGGAGACCCGAUGCGUUCGAUAAGUUGGAAGAAUCGGAGCUCCCGAGUUGCGUGAUACGGACCCUGGAAAGGGUACAUUUCACGUACCGAUUCCAGACAAGAAUUUGGUUGAAUUUCAUGGAGCUGUUCUUGAGGAAUGCUCGGAAGCUUGAGCUUCUGCAGUUGCAUGCUCCUGCUCUUCCCUUGGCUACCAAGCUGGAUUGUAGAUUGCGCCUCAACCACGCUCCCAAAGCUUCAAGAAAAAAUGUUGCUAUUCAUGUCGUCCUCUAA